GAUCAGGGUGAUGCAGGGAUGCAGGAGCUGCGGCAGCUUUUCUGACACGUUGCGUGACAAGCACUCACCAAAAAGGAAGGGGGACAAGAUCAGGAGAAGGACAACGACUCUAUUAAAAAAGGACGCUGCUGGACGUAAGAAGUAGGGAGUGGAGAAAGGAGAAGAGAAGAAGACCAGAGGGUGCUGCAGCCAUGAUGUCGGACACGCCGCUGCAGCGGAAUGGCACGGCGACGGUACGGAUGUCGUGUGAGGAGGCUCAGCUUCACAAAGAGAGGCUGCAGGCUUUGGCGGAAAAGCGAAAACGUCAAACUGAGAUUGAAGACAAGAGAAGGCAGCUUGAUGAUUUGGUUUUGCAACUGCAACAUCUCAAGUCCAAAGCCAUGCGAGAGCGAUGGCUCCUCCAGGGAAUGGCCGUGGAACAGGAGGAGGCACGACGGAAACAGCUGGAACUGGACGAGGAGCACGGGAAGAGGCUGGAAGACCUGAUACAAAGGCUGGAAUCUGAAAUCGGUGCACUUGAAAGUGAAGAAUCUCAAAUCUCAGCUAAAGAGCAGGUUUUACGGGAACGCCUGAAGGAGACGGAGCGAUCUAUAGAAGACCUACAGAAGAGUUUGAUGGCGCAUGAUGGAGUAGAGCCCACCAGCUGCACGUCCGCUCCUCUUUCGGACGGCGCGGUCCUCGAUCCCAAUCAAAUCAUCGUAGCUACACAGCCCCGGAUCUGCCCACCUGUGCCUGGAGAGAAGGCAGCUCCAAGACCCGCAAUGUUUGCCAUGGAGAUCAACGUGCAGCAUGACCCUCUGACUGGCGAGCAGCAUGUCCUGUCAGCAAACCGCGUGAGUCCCUCGGAAGCGGGGUCACGGGGCGUCAAGGUCUACGAUGAUGGCAGGAAGGUCGUCUACGAAGUCAAGUCGUCUGGUGGCGUGUCCACGACCUCACUCGAGAAUGGGUGGAACUCCUCGAAAGUCGACGAGCUAAUCCAAAGAGUGGCUAGACCUGUGCAAGCAGGAGAUGAUAGGAGAGGUCACGUGUUGGUUACCCCACAGGCCUGCGUCUUGCCAGUAGCUGGGGACGAUCUGUCCCCGCCAUCCUGCGCCCCGCCAUCCAUCCCGUCGAGCCCACCUGCCCAAGUCGCCCUGCAGAGGGAGACUCGGCUAGGCAUGAUGCCCCCAUCCUCGGGUCCCGUCGUAACGCAGCCUGGCCCAUCAGCCCACAUGGGACCCGAGCACAGCUCCUUGCCUCAAGCCAGCGAGGAGCACCCAGUCACGAUGGUGUUCAUGGGCUACCAGGACCUAGAAGACACAAGCGAGAGCCGGCAGCUGCUUGGCUUCGACGGUGCUGUCAAGGCUGAGGUGGUGCUGAUCGAUGAAGACGACGAGAAGUCCCUGAGAGAGAAGACGGUCACCGACCUAUCCGUCAUCGACGGCACGGCAGCCGACCUCGUGUCGGGUCGACCGGUCACAUCUGAGGCUGUCAGUACAGAACUCUCAUCAGAAGGCCGCGAGCCCGACAGCGCUGCAUCACCCCUGCCUAAACCUGAAGCCAACAAAGCCCCGCCUCCUGGUCUCACCCCUGCUACAGGCUAUGGGGCUAACGGUACAACAACAAAUGGACAUAAGGCUGCAAUGCAGAGCAGACAUCUUCACACUGCUAUGAAAUCAUGGCAGGCACCCGAGGAUGUUAAUGGCCCUGUACCUAAGGAGAGAGCCUUGAAGAGUGUCACUUUCCAGGAAUCGGUCAGCAUCAUCUCUGACGGACCGCUGAUUAUGGAGGUGGAGAGUAAGCAAAUCCAGCACGGCUGCCUCAGCAGAUCCAGUGUCCAAGGCCACAGUGCAGUCGAGAUGAAGUUAGAGACACCUGACAGUGAUCUAGUGCAGGAGAUCUGCUACCUGGAUCAGGUUCUAGAUGCAGCCUCAGAUGCACCCACUAAUGGAAACUCUUCCCCAUCAGCAUGCACCAAACCAAUUAACAUAGAUGGAAAUUAUUCAUCUGUGUGUGUGUCCAAUUCCUCUCCUGGUAAUCAUCAACCAAUCAUUGUAGAGGGUCAAAGACAAACCACUGUUCUUCAUCAGGAUGAAUCCACUGUUAGAACCAAUGGCCAUAUGCCAAAGGAGGAUUUGAGCCACAGCAGUGCAAAGUUUGAGUUGAGAGCUUUUCAGGAGGACAGACGGCCAGCAAAACUCUUCACACCAGGAGAGGAGCAGCAAGUCAGAGUGACGAGGAGGCGGAAUCCAGAUGAGGUCCAGGAGCUGGAGCGUGAGCGUCAGGAGUUGAUCCGAGAUCAGGCAGUAAAGAAAAACCCUGGUAUUGCUCAACGUUGGUGGAACCCUCCACAGGAGGUUCCUUUGGAGCAGCAGCUGGACCCUGAACAACUGGAGUCACUACGAAAAUACCAAGAGAGAAAAACGCAGAAGCAGAAUUCAACUUAUACUUUCACACAGUCUUCUCAUCCCCAACGGCAGCCCCAAGUUACUGGACCUCCUACACUGGUUACUUUUGACCCAGAGUUAUUAAGAAAGGAAGACAUUUUGGAAAAAAAGAUUGACUUCUCGUCUGCCCGGAAGCAAUUCCUACAAGGGGAAGUGACCAAGAAUUCUAUUGCUCCUCACAUAUACUCUGCAAGACCCUUCUCCAAGUCAGUACCCAAGGACAACCAUGGGAGCAGCAACAUUGUUGCAGAAACAGGAGAGUGCCAUGUGACCUGGUCUGAUGAAGGAGUUGCGAGAGAGUUUACCAGUGUUCGAGCUGUAAUGACAAAUCUAAGUGAUGAAGACGAAGGGAAGAUCCAGAUGCCCCAAAGCUAUCACCCAGAGGAGUCUGACUCAGGAUUGGAAGAGUUAUCUGUUCGCUCUCAGGACACAACAGUCUUUAGCUUGGAUAGUGUUUCAGACAGUGGCGCCUCACUUCCCCCGACUCCUCUACCACUUACCCCAGUGUCGCCAUCUACACCUCAGCCUGCUACACCAGUCAAUGGGCGAACCACUGGAAUUGCAGCAGAGGAUGAGUUGGAAUACCAGGCAGAAGUCCUUGUCCAAAAUAUUAUCCAAAAUGCCCUCUCGACAAGCGGAGAUGACUGGCAGCCAUCUCUCUCAAACUUAGAUUCCUCGCAAAUCAGCAGCCCUGAGUCUUCGACUUCAACAAGUAGCCCACUGCCAGUUUCUUCCUCCCCUCUUUCUUUCGGGGAAGUUGAACAUCUCCAGUCACCUGUGUCCUCCAGCACUGCUACAUCUAACCCAUCUCCACAGCCAAACCGGCUUACAGAAGCGGAGGUGACUUUUCAGGAGAAGCCAACAGAAACACAAGAUACUCUGCCCCAGCAACAGUCAUCCAGCCCAAUGCAGCCUUCACACUCAUUUCCAGCUUCUCAGCCUGUCUCUCCUCCACGAAGAUCCAAAGACGGAGGGCCAAGAAUCAAAAUCCAGUCUUCUUACACCAGAGCACUGGCUUCCUCAGCUCCAGCUGCUCCGGCUCCUUGCCCUGUGAGCACAAUGAAUGUACCCAGGCCAUCCACAGUCUACCGUCCCCCUUCCCCGCCAACUCCGGAAAAAUCAGAGUUCAGCUACUUUAGUAAGUAUUCCGAAGCGGCUGAACUGCGCAGCACAGCAGUCCAGACAAAAGCCCCUGAGGUGGAAGUGGCAAGCGGGCCUUUCCGUCUUCGCUCCAAGAAACAGCGCACAUUGUCCAUGAUUGAGGAGGAGAUCCGAGCAGCUCAGCAGAGAGAGGAAGAACUGAAGAAACAAAGAGAGACACAACCUGCUGUUAUUCCUCGUGUCGAGAACCCUUCCAAUAGUAGUCAAGGUACUGCAAGAACAGGGAUAAGGAAAACCACCAUAUCUCCAGCAGACAAGUUGAAGAGCAAUAGCCUGCCAACUAGACUCACAUUGACAUCAAGGACAGCACCAGGAAAGAUUGAGAAGGUUCGACCCGCUCCGCCAGUUUCACCUUCAACGUCAGAAGGAGCCCUAUCUGAUGCUGGCAGUGAGGACUCUGGAGGAUCUCGGCCCAAAAAUUUUAUGCAGACUCUCAUGGAAGAUUAUGAAACGCACAAGGUGAAGAGAAGGGAGAAAAUGGAGGACAACAGUUAUGCCCGUUUGUUGCUGGCUAAUGAGGUAACCACUGAGGUGUUGGAGGCCACUCGCAUAACCAGGAGGAAAAGUGAUAUGGCACUCAAGUGGGAAGCUGGUAUAUAUGCCAAUGAAGAUGGAGAAGAAGAGGAGGAAGAAGAGUAAAAAAAAAAGGAUGGAGAAAAUAAAGGACAGGCAGAGGAAACAAUAUUUAUUUUACUAUUAGUGUUCUGAUGAUCACAUGGCCCUCUUGUCUGACCAAUGGAGCGCAACAAAGAAGUUUAUCAAUUAGUGAGUUUUUGAACUUGGAUUCUGCAAGUGUAUCGGAAUGUAGGUGACGAAAGUGAGACAAAAGGAAGGUGAGGAGAGAAUUUUCAUUUGGGAUGAAAGUUUUAUAAUUGUGGUUGCUAAGUAUUCAUAGCAGAUGACUUGGAUACAUAGAUUUUCAUUUGAAAGGUUGCCUGAAAGUCACUGAAGGGCUUGUGUGCUUGACGACCGCCAGUCGUCCACUAAAUGAGUCUAGACAUGAAGUUAGAACUUUUGAUAUUCAUCUUCAAUCCAUGUAGGAGGAGGCUGUGUUUUUCUUAAGAGUUUCAUCUUGGAAAGUGCUGGUUUUUGGACAUCCUUUGCCUUGGAUGCAUGACACAUGUAAUGAUAUACUGUAAUCACCUAUCCCGUAAAGCCAGUUUGAUUGUUAGAACAAGAAGCAACAAUUUAUGAUAAGUUAUGCUUUGUCAAUUCUCACUAAAUAUUAGUGACUACAUCUGUACUAGAUUUAAAUAGGAAGAUGGCAAGGUCAGGCUUGUUUAUCAUCACUUUUUAAGAUCAGGCGACUGACUUGUAUAACAUUAUAUACUCAGUAGGCAUAUAUAGUCUACAAUCACUUAUUUUACCAUUGGUUUGUUGACAGUGUCUUUUGUAAGCUGUUCUUGUAUAAAACUGAGGUAGGGUUAUGUAUUUGACAGAUGCACAUGUAUUCCAGUGUACUUAUUAUACUGUAUUUGCUAGCUUACCAUGGUGUCAUGACAAAUGUUUGAGAGAGCAAACCCUUUUAUAAAAAGAUGGAAAAGAACGAUUUUGCCUGUUUAAGAAAAUAGUAUAGAAGAAAAACACUUGUUUUCCAUCAAUUCUAUACAGUAUAAUGAAACCCAUUGAUUGAAUGUGGUCAUCGGGGAUGAAUGUAAAACCCAGAAUUAUGUUCACGUGUUAACAGGAACAUAAGGAUUGAAACUCAAUUAAGAUUGUUUAUACUUACGCGUGUUUCUAUGCCACUUGAACUGAAAAGUAGCAGGAAUAAUCUGCUGUUUUCGUUUUUUAGAUUGUUGUAUAUCCCAGUGUGAGAAUAUCAAGACUGGAUGCUGAGAAUGAUUUGAAACCAGUGGCCACCAUUUUGAUCUGCCAGAGUGUCUUGUCCAAGUGUCCUUGAGCUGGACACUGGCCCGCCUGCCCCUAUGCUUACACACAACCGAAUGUAUUUAUUAAGACAUUAAAAUAGCUUUAAAUUACUAUUAUUCUUUUUCAUCUAUGUCAAAAAAAAAAAAAAAAACCAGAGCGUAAGCUAAAAGUGCCGAGGUGUUUCGCUCUAAUAAGGCUUCCCGUUUUUUAAAACACAUUUAAUAAUAUAUUAAGGAAAAAAUAAUGUUAAUGACGUGUCCCUUCUGUUGUAAUCCUAAUGCAAUUUGCCAUAGGUACAGGACAAAGGACAACGUAAGCCUGCCAAAUGUUGACAAAUCAGUUACUUUAAUGGUUAUUUUAAAAGUGACUUCAAAAAUAUAUUUUAAACACUUGCUGUGAUGAAGUGGGUUUUUAAAAAAAAAAUGCACUCCAGAAUGAAUAAAUUUCAGAGCAUAAUAAUAUGAGUGGCUUAUUCAGAUGCUUUCCUAGCAUCAGUUGCUUCUUACAUGUUGUUGACUUUAAAAACUUUUGGCAACAAAAGCUUUUUUGUUUUGGUUUUUGUAGCCUAAACCUCCCAGUGUCUAACUAUACAAACACAUACCGUCUUUGGCUCUGCGUCAUACAAGCUGCAUUGAAUGUGUGUGUGUGGAAUUCUAGAUGAUGAAUAUGCAGCUUCUUUUGUUUGAAUUCUUGAUGCAGAGAUGAUUUAUUUAUCUUUGGAACGAUGGUAGCUUGAUUUUCAACCUGAAUCGCUUCAGUGUGUGACGAUGCAAUCUAUGAUCCACAUUAUAACCUCUGUCCUUAUGUUAACCACUUGUAUGUUUAUAUUGUGCACCAAUUUAUAGCACGUGUAUGGUUCACAGUUAUUUGCCUAUUAUAUAUAAAUAUUUUC